GCUUGGCAAGACUUCCCUGACAGGCAGGAAGUGACAGGGAGAACAAGUGGUGAGCUCUUGAGAUCAGCGUGUAUAAGAAGUGUGCAUCAUGUUUGGGUGGAGCACUUUGUUGUGUCCUCUGACAGUGAAACACAUCGCUUCGGAGUCCAGCUUGUAAUCUGGUGUUGGGCCCAUCAUGGCAAAGAACUGCAAAGCUCUAUCGAUCCCUGUUGGGCACAUGAGCCAGGCAGUUUCAGAUGGAGAACUGAACAUGUCUGCACGGGGCUGUGGAGGCAGCAGCUGCAGUCUUCCAGGGACUCCGGGCGGAGAGGCCAGCCCUGCCAACAGUGUGCUGAGCUGGGCCGUGUCAUUUGAGAAGCUGUUGGAGGACCCUUCUGGGGUCCGUUACUUUACGUCCUUCUUGAUGUCCGAAGUGAGUGCAGAGAACAUUUUAUUUUGGCAGGCCUGUGAGAAGUUCAGGAAGAUCUCGCCCACCUGCAUGGAUGAGCUGAAAAGAGUCGCUCGCUCCAUUUACAACACCUACCUGUCUGACAGCGCUCCAUACUCGGUCAACAUUGACGACACUGCCAAGACAGAGGAGAAGGACCUGGAUCAGCCCACACCUGACAUGUUCCACAAGGCUCAAACUCAGAUAUUCAAGCUGAUGAAGAUGGACAGCUACAGGCGCUUUGUACGCUCCCCUCUUUACCAGAAGUGCACGUUGGCGAGUGUAGAAGGAAAACUUCUUCCUCAGCUCUCUAACGAGAAGACUCGCAUGGGAUCCUGGGAGGAUGUGGCUACGAACACAAAGAAUAAAAAAGCAGACUCCAACAGUUUACCAGGCAACAAGAAUGCCUCAGAGAAACAGAGGCAGAAAAGGGGAUCCUGGGGAGAUACAUCCAUCGUCCAGGGCGCACACUUCCAUAAAGACCCCCAUAUGUCGGUCAAGUCGACCAGCAGCGUGGAGCUUGGUUCCCUCUACAGGCAGACAGACGUCAGUGCAUUAAAUGGCAAGUCAAAUGUCCAGUCUCCAGAUCAGGGAAGUGGAGGCGGGAGUCGUAUUGAGGUGGAAGGAGGCUAUUGCUGUGUCUACCUUCCAGAUGGCAGUGCCUCCCUGGCCCCCACACGUAAUGGCCAACCCAUCAAAGAGAUGCUGUCCAGCCUGUGUGAGAAGAGGGGCUUCCCACUCAAGGAUGUGGUCAUUUAUCUUCAUGGGAAGGACAAGCCUUUAUCACUGGACCAGGACUGCUCUGUGCUUCGGGAUCAGCAGGUCUCUCUCGAGCUCAGGGUGAUGUUUGCUCUCGAUAUUGCCUUCACCGGUAAGAUAGUGGGAAUCAUGGUGAAGUCGAGUAAGACGCUGCAGGAUGCUCUGUCUAUCGUGAUGCAGAAGCACAACCUCAGGCCACAAGAGGCUGUGGUCACCAUGGUUGGAAGUGAUGAGCCCAUAAACAUGAGCGGCACCGUGUUCAGAUUAGCCAAUAAGACGCUACGACUCGACAGAGCCAAAGGAAAAGACCAGACCUACGUUUCCAGAGGCAGUAGUUCUGCUGUAGGCGCACAGACUGGAGGAGCGAGUGGAGGCGGCGUGGAGGCCACUUCAUCGCUGCAGACCGACAAAACCAAGACUCAGCCCAAGCCCAGUAAGAACCGCGACAUGGAGGGGUUUCUGGACAUGCUGACCAGAGCGCAGUGCUACAGGGUGGAUGACCAGCGAGGCCUUUUGACAAAAGAGCAGCUGGAGGUUCCGCUGUUCCUGCAGAAGUCUUCAGACCAGGGGCAGGAUGCAGAGCAAGCAGAGCCCAGUUUAAACUGCUCUUCCUCCACAGAAUCCACUGAGGAUUCGGGGGAUAAGACCUCACCGUCUCCGAGUCUAGCCGGUGCGGCCGAGGGAAACUCUGGCACUGCCGAAUCGGAACCUAAAGACGUAAGGGAAACGUCGGUUUGAAAGACUCUGAUUGGUUUUGGAUGGACAAGGAUGCAAGAACAUUUUGGCAAGAUGCCGCCAAUCAAAAACUCAUUUAAGUCUGAAAUUGUUAAGCACUUUUACAAAAAAAAAAAAAGAAAUUAAUGAAACAAGAAAACAGUGGUUUAUGAAUAAGCUUUGAAUCCAGCAGCAUCGCUGCUGCUGAUGAUUGGCCUUUUGAGGCAAAUUGAAAAGAAGGCAAGCAGUUUUAGUGUCAUCUAAAAACACUACACAUCCAUGCAGGAAAUGUUUGCUAUGAAUUGUUUAAUGCACCCAAAUGUAUGAAAAUAAGUUUUAGCUCAGCUCAUCACCCUGAAACCUGUGUUUUAAAUGGCUUCUCUCUCAUACUUAAUGCUAUACAGUGUGAGGUACAGCUCAUGCUUUUCUUUAAACUCUAAAAUGUGUCUCUGCAGGAACUAGUGACUUUUGCACAAUUUGUGUUUUCUUCAUUCCUUUUUAGACGACUUCACGUUUUAUGCUUUUAAUGUUUUAAGUAACUGUUGGUAUUCUGUCUGCCCACUUGGGAUUUUGUGAUGUGUGUUUGUGAUCCUGAGAUUACGUUUGGUUUGCUGUGUGAUGGCCUCUCACAAAACCCUGCUCAAGUCACGUCUUCCUGUCACUUUAGAUUGUAGUCGCUCCGGUUCCUCACCUUUUUUUACGUGCAAGUACAUGUUUCACGGGGGUGACUGAGAUGUUGUGAUAAUCAGAAAUCUCUGGGAGCAGCCAAAGAAUUAAAAUGCUUCAUGGUGAAA